GUAAUGCUAAGGUCCUUUGGUUUACAUCAUUACAUUGCUUAAAGUUAAUGACUCUAAACUUAUGUUGCAGGCAAGGCAAAGCAGCUAUCAACGUACCCUGACUGUUUUGGCUAGAAUUCGGAGUUCAUUGUGUGAGAGUGGAUUGGUUUCUGGAGAAUCCCUCAAAGUUAUGCUUGUUUGCGGUUCUGAUCUACUUGAAUCUUUUGGUGUCCCUGGAGUUUGGAUUCCAGAGCAGGUCAGAGCCAUCUGCAGAGACUAUGGUGUGAUCUGCAUUCGCAGAGAAGGGAAAGAUAUUGAGAACACAAUAUCCACUGAUGACAUUUUGUAUGAGAACAAGAGGAACAUCAGGGUGGUGGAUGAGCUGGUACCAAAUCAAAUCAGUUCAACAAGAAUAAGGGAGUGCAUAGCGAGAGGACUAUCAGUGAAAUAUCUGACUGCGGAUGAAGUGAUUGAUUAUAUCCAUCAGCACCACCUCUACUUGAAUUCAGAUGACAAUUGAUCCUGUGAGACUAACAUAAUUUAAACUGUAACUUUGGUCUUUUUAUUAUAAGAAAUAGGAAACUACAUGCAUAUGUUAAUUGUUAGCACUAAUCUAACAAUAGCUCAUUUGCGGAUGUUGGGUCAUAUGGGCUUAGAUACAUCAAUGUUGGCCAGAGUAAAAGAAGAUUAGAUGAUGCUAAUGUAUAAAUGUUGAUGUGCCCAGUGAGUGUUGGGCUGCUGGGGUAUUAUUUGGAAAGCCAGCAGAAGUGAAAAACUGGAUGCUUUAUUC